CCACAAUUGGGAUUUUUUCGAUUUCGUUGUUGUCUUGGAUCCUCGGUACGGUCUCCUCCUUCCCACGAACACCAUCCAAGUGCAUCUUGACAAUCACCAGCCGUCACCAUGCCUCCCAAGUUUGAUCCUAAUGAGGUGAAGGUUAUCACCCUCCGGGCUACCGGUGGUGAGGUUGGUGCCUCGUCGGCUCUUGCCCCCAAGAUCGGUCCUCUUGGUCUCUCCCCCAAGAAGGUCGGCGAAGAUAUCGCCAAGGCUACUGGUGACUGGAAGGGUCUCCGCGUGACCGUCAAGCUCACCAUCCAGAACCGUCAGGCGGCCGUCUCCGUCGUCCCUACCGCCUCCGCGCUCGUCAUCCGUGCGCUCAAGGAGCCCCCCAGGGACCGCAAGAAGGAGAAGAACAUCAAGCACAACAAGUCUGUUUCGUUUGAUGAGAUCGUCGAGAUCGCCCGCACCAUGCGCUUCAAGUCCUUCUCCAAGGAGCUUAAGGGCACCGUCCUCGAGGUCCUCGGUACCGCUUUCUCCGUCGGCUGCCAGGUUGACGGCAAGAGCCCCAAGGCCGUCCAGGAGGCUAUCCACGCCGGCGAGAUCGAUGGUACGUUGCUCGCCCAUUGCGCUUCAUAAGCUGCUCUGAUGGGCGCGUCUUGCGCUUGUGUCCCUUGGCUUCGGUCUUGAGCGCCCCUGCUGACUUGUUACAGUUCCCGAGGAGUAAAUGUCGGC